GCGGCUAGUAGCUUGCAGUUGUUGUUAACAGUGUGUUACAGCUGUGAAUGUAAGUGUAUAAACCAGGCAGAAGUCCACACUGUUCUCAUUUGUGACGCGACAGACACUGAGAUACACACGUCAGUGACGUCAUCGACCUGUGUGUCUUCAGUUAUCGAAUAUCAGCAGCAGCAGCAGCGGUAGCUAGCCUAGCCGGGCACCCGCACAUGCCAGUGAAUGUGUACGUGUGCACAAACCGCUAGCUUAGCAGCGAUAUAAAAGGAAAACAAAAAAACACAGGAGGAGGAGGAAUGAACCACAAGAGUAAGAAGAGGAUCAAAGAGGCGAAGCGGAGCGCCAGACCCGAACUCAAGGACUCGCUAGACUGGAUCAAACACGGCUACUGCGAGUCCUUCGACCUGUCCCACCGCACCGUCAAGGACAACGUCGAGCGCGUGGACGUCCUCCAUCUCAGCCCUGAAGAGUUCAUCCAGCGCUUCGAGCGGCCGUACAAGCCCGUCGUCUUGUUGAGCUGCCAGGAGAGUUGGCCGGCCCGAGAGAAGUGGACUCUAGAGCGCCUCAAACGCAAAUACCGCAACCAGAAGUUCAAGUGUGGCGAGGACAAUGACGGCUACUCAGUGAAGAUGAAGAUGAAGUACUACGCGGAGUACCUGGAGAGCACCAGGGACGACAGCCCGCUCUACAUUUUCGACAGCAGCUAUGGUGAACAUCCCAAACGGCGGAAGUUGCUGGAGGAUUACCAGGUCCCGCUCUUCUUCAGGGACGACCUCUUCCAGUUUGCAGGCGAGAAGCGCAGACCGCCAUACAGGUGGUUUGUGAUGGGCCCGGCUCGCUCUGGCACAGGCAUCCACAUCGACCCGCUGGGCACCAGCGCCUGGAACGCCCUGGUUCAGGGUCACAAGAGGUGGUGCCUGUUCCCCACCAACACGCCCAGAGAGCUGAUCAAAGUGACCAGAGAGGACGGCGGCAACCAGCAGGACGAGGCCAUCACAUGGUUCACCGUGGUCUACCCCCGGACGCAGCAGCCCACCUGGCCUCCAGAGUUCACGCCCCUGGAGAUCCUGCAGAAACCCGGAGAGACCGUCUUUGUGCCUGGCGGAUGGUGGCACGUCGUCCUUAACCUGGACGCAACAAUCGCCAUCACCCAGAACUUUGCCAGCUCCACCAACUUCCCCAUCGUGUGGCACAAAACUGUCCGAGGACGACCCAAGCUCUCCAGGAAGUGGUAUCGAAUCCUGAAGCAGGAGAGACCAGACAUGGCAGCUCUGGCCGACAAAGUGGACCUGCAGGAGUCGACGGGCAUCGCGUCUGACAGCUCCAGUGACUCUUCAUCAUCGUCCUCCUCCAGCUCGUCCGACUCUGACGCCGAGUCUGGCUCUGAGGGCGACGCCAUGUCUCACCGCAGGAAGAAGAGACGCACCUGUGGGACAGCGGCCAACGGGGACACCAGCAGCCAAGACGACUGCAUCAGCAAGGAGAGGAGCUCAUCACGGUGACCUCCAGCCUCCGUCCACACAAACCUCCAGUGGGGUCUUUUUGUAAAUGUCUGAAUCUCUGAGUGACAGCUGUCUGUAGAGGCAAGAUGGCUGCCACUGAUCUGUGAGGUGUGCGUGGAGGAGGAAGAGGAGGAGGAGGAGGAGGAUGGAGAGCUGUCACCUCUGCUUUUCAGUCAGUCUCUGUUUGUCUCUGCUGCUUCUGUAAUCAGAGGGAAAUAUGACUGAGGGACGCUGGGGAACUUUCCUGGGUUUUAAAAUGAACGAAGCUGCUUUCUGACGUGAUCUUGUGGUGAGAAUGAGGGACCUGAAUAUUUAAAGUUGGUGUCAAAGGGAAAGUUCAAGUUCUAUUUGAAAGCGUGGGUGAGGUCGUAACACGGAGUCAGAGGCAGCAGAGACACAAGGAUGAGCCAGUUUAAGUCUCUGAUGUCUGUCACAUGAUCACAUCUUUAUCUCACUGUGAGACAGACAUUUGUAAACCUCUCUCUCUCACACACACACACACACACACACACACACACACACCAAACCCCAUAGAGAAAAUCAGUGACACACACAGGAGUUGUUGAUCCACUGCUGCCUCCAUCACUAAGUUCAAAUGUCUUAUUCUGUCACGUCAGUGUUUGAAAUCCUUUGUUCAGAUUGACUUCAAUGACACAAAGUGACCACACGAGGGCCGUGUGUGUGAGACUGUGUCCAGGUAAAGACGUGAUCAUGUGAUGUAGACAUUGUAGAAACGUAAACUAACGUGUUUGAU